AUGGCAGAAUUAAACAAACCGUAUCAACUGCGCCAGGUCCAGAGACCUGAUGCCUUGGGGCCAUUUGAUUUGUUGGUGAAGACGGUUGUUGCUUCGUUCUGUCACACAGAUCUGAUGGUUCUUGAGGGGCUGUUUCCCGUCAACUUGCCACUGACUGCAUCGCAUGAAGGGGCAGGCACUGUGGCGGCGGUAGGAUCCGCGGUGACAGAAUUCAAACUUGGCGACCGUGUAAUGAGCGGGCAGCUCUGCAAUCCUUGUGGACAGUGUGAAGACUGUCUCGGCCCCGACGACCAGAAACAAUACUGUACGAAUACCAGAGGAGCCAUAGGCGUCGGAGUCGAUGGCGCUUUUGCCGACUACCACGUCACAGACAGCAGAGCCGCAUGCCUGCUCCCGGAUGAAAUCAGCUUUGCCGAUGGGGCCUCGCUCGCGUGUGCGGGAAGAACUGUCUAUCGUGCCAUCAAGACGAGCGGAGUUCAGCCAGGCCGAUUCCUGGCUAUUGUGGGGGCGGGUGGUGGUCUCGGACAUUUGGGUAUCCAAUUUGCUCUCGCCAAAGGGAUCGAGGUAAUCGCGAUCGACGCUCGGGACGGGGCUUUGGAAUUGUGUAGGGAAGUCGGCGCCAAGCACGUCCUUGAUGCCCGAGCAGGCCAGGAGAGUGUCGUCGCUCAGGUGCGCAAAAUCACGGGUGGCCAUGGUGCUGACAGCACAAUCAAUUUGAGUGGUCACUCGGCAGCAUUGAUAUCCGCUUGUGCCGUCACGAGAAAUCACGGCACCAUGGUACAGGUAGCAGGUCCGGACGUGACGUCGAUUUCCAUCUUCGACCUGGUCUUUCGAGACAUCAGGGUCAAGGGUUCAAUGCUGGCUGGCCGUGACACUACUACUGAAAUGCUUGCCGAGUACGCGGAGCAUGACAUGAAGGUCCAGACCCACGUAGUAUAUGGAUUAGAUCAAGUGCCUGGGAUGGUCGAAAUUUUCAAGUCCGGAGCAGUGAAGGGGAAAGCGAUCUGUGUCGUAGAUAGAGGGGUAUUUGACCAAGACGACGCCGUCAGGACACGAUAA